AUGGUUCGCGCUCUUCUCUCGUUGGGCGCUGCCCUCCUUGGCGCGACCGCCGUGUUGGCCGUCGACCCCCCGUCGUGCUCCCUCGACAAAAAGUGCCCCAAGGAAGCACCCUGCUGUUCUCAAUACAACCAAUGCGGCGUUGGCGCCUUCUGCCUCGGCGGUUGCGACCCACGCAUGUCGUUCUCGCUCGACUCGUGUGUGCCCGCCCCGGUGUGUGAGGAUAAGGUCUACAAGAUGGAUUCCCUCGACAGGUACAAGGACAUCAGCGAGUACCUCGGCGACUCGAGCAAGACGGACUGGGUCGGGCAGGGCGAGCCGCUCCUGUACAACGGUAACGUCCUGCUGACCAUGCCGCCCAAGUCGGUCGGCACCGUCCUGGCCACAACCACCUACAUGUGGUACGGCAAGGUCACGGCACGAAUGAAGACGUCCCGCGGUGCCGGCGUCGUGACGGCCUUUAUUCUAUUCAGCGACGUCAAGGACGAGAUCGACUACGAGUGGGUGGGCGUGGAUCUGCACACCUCCCAAACCAACUACUACUUCCAGGGCAUUCCCGACUACGUCAACGGCGGCAACAUCACUUUGGACGGCAACUCAUACGACGAAUUUCACGACUACGAAAUUGAGUGGACUCCCGACGAAAUCAAGUGGAUCGUGGAUGGCAAGCUUGGACGCACUAAGAAGAGGUCCGAGACAUGGAACGCCACCUCGAACCAGUGGGCGUUCCCGCAGACCCCGUCGCGUGUGCAGAUCUCCAUCUGGCCCGGUGGUCUGGAAUCCAACGCCAAGGGCACCAUCGACUGGGCUGGCGGACCCAUCGACUGGAACAGCGAUGAGAUCAAGGACUUUGGCUACUACUUUGCCACCUUCGCCGAGAUCUCGGUUGAGUGCUACAAGACGGACACGGCACCGGGCACCAGCAAGGGCAAGUCGUACUACUACAACAACAUCGCCGCCACCAACAACACGGUCGUCGACAGCGACAAGCCCCACAUCCUCAAGAGCUUCCUCGGCACGGGCACCAACAUGAACAAGGGCGACGGCACCUCGUCCAGCGACCCCUCCGAGUCCUCCGCCGCCCACUCCGUCCCCGGCGGCGGCGUCAACCCGCCCGGCCAGGUCCCCGGCGCCAACAACCCGGUCGGCGGAGGCAGCGGAACCGGCAACAACGGCGGCGGCUCCGGCAGCAACGACGCGCCCGCGUGCGAGGCCACCGGCUUCACCCAGCACUGCGGGUCGCAGGGCUCGAGCGACGGCGGCAACAACUCGAAUAACGGCGUCCGGGUGGUGGACCGCACGCUUGGUGGGAGUGCUUUUGCGGUGGUGAUUGGGUUUGCGGCGCUGCUUUUGCUGUGA